UUGUGACCUGUGCGUCUGCCCGCUGCAACAUUUGCUGCCUGGCGUCUUUAUAAUUGUGUCACCCUGUUUUUUUUGAAACACGUGUCUGACAAUAAUUGAAAAUUUUUAAAAAAAUUUCCGAUUGAUCAUGAUAAUCAAAUUAUUAAUUUUCAUUUUUAUCGUAUCGUGGGGAAGAUGCGAACUUUUUUCAACGACACCAAAAACUGUCGAUCUAUCAAAUCUUGGAAUGUUAAAAGAAGACUUUUUCAUGAAAACGCAGCAUGUAGCCGAGAUCUACAAUGCGAAACAUUUAAUACUGCGGGGCAAUAAAUUUGACCGAUUCGUUGAUUGUUCGACAACGCUCAGCAGCUUGCUCACACUCGAUUUAUCUUACAAUAAUUUGGAAAAAUUCUUUUUCCUGUGCCAGAAAGAAUACAAUUUGGAAUCUCUGAAUGUCAGCCACAAUCAAAUUGAAUAUAUUAAUGAUCAAGCUUUAAGCGACAAAAUUAUAAAACUGAAAAUUCUGGAUGUGUCUUACAAUAAUCUUUACGUAGUGAAUGAUACUAUGUUGCAACACAUGAUAAACCUGGAUUUUUUAUCGUUAGCUAGCAACCCUAUUGGAGAAAAUAUCGAUGAGUUUGUUUUCCGAAAUCUAACGAAUCUUAAGCAUCUUAAUUUACGAAACAUAUCAUCGCCUUAUUUUUCUCCAUUAUUAUUUGAACCUCUAUUGAAACUGGAGUUUCUGGACUUAUCAGAUAAUCCCAUAGAAGAUGUACCUCCGUUGCCAUUGGGAUUGAAAGUACUCUACAUCGAUGGAACAAACAUUAUGCAUUUAGGAGCUUUCAUCAUGCCAGAAUUGCACUUUUUGUCGAUAGAACGAUCAGCCAAUCUCACGUCGGUUCUACUUAACAAUUUUGAAAACCUCACCAAAUUAGAAAUUUUAUCCUUGAGCAACUCAAAAAAUCUUGCUGAAAUGCGUUUGAAACCUCAAAUGAACUCAAAUUUACUACCAAGCCUCAAACGAUGUUACUUAGUUAAUUGCUCUAUGGAAACAAUUUCAGCAGAUCUCAAACGCAUCGUGGAAAAAACUGAAGUAUUAGAUUUCCAAAAUAAUCCUUGGAUAUGUGAUUGUCGAUUAACAUGGCUCGCAGCCAUGAACUUAACAACUGACUUGAAAAAUAAUUUUAGAUGCCAAGCGCCGCUGAAGCAUCGGGGAAAAUUGCUGCACGACGUGCCGAUCGACGAGCUCGAGUGUGACGUACCUCUUCUAUCAAAUCCUACAGUACGUUUUACCCUCUACAUCCUACUCUGGUUCUGCUUGGUGGUACUUCUUCUUAGCCUCGUUGCAGCUUUAUUUGCUUAUUACUGGAAACGUGGUCAUAUAAGACGAUGGAUGAUGAAAAUACGACAUCACGACAAUGACACUGUAAGCUACACCAACGUCGUUGAAAGCAAUCACGAUCUCGUGCGAAUUUUGCCGGAAAACCCCGAACAGUAGUGAUUAUCCUUAAAGAGAUUUUCAGCCAUGGAAAAUGGAUCGAAUUAGGGUUUACGAAAUUAUCACUUUUUCAUUUUUAUCAAUAUUGUAUUAUUAUCUAUUACUUCAGUGGUUGUUUUUACCUUUUUAUACAAAAUAAAUAUUGUGUAGAAAUA